UCCCUUCAGCAGCAUUCGGCUUGCAGGAAGUCAGGAGGCGGCAGCAGCAUCCAGAGUUUGAAAGGGGGAAAGAGCAGCAUCACUCACCCAAAAGGGGGCGACGCCACAUCUCUCUCUCUCUCUCUCUCUCUCUCUCUCAGACACACAAACAUACACAUGAAAUCGUGAGAAGCUCAGCAGGAGGAACACUUUGGAGAAUAGGGCUGAGUCCAUCGCUUCAUCCAUCCAUCCCUCCAUCGGUCUGAUAUGCUCUCUGUCAUUCAUCUAACCUCUAACCUUGCCUCGCCGUAGCCGUCUCCGCCUGCCUGCCCGUACGCGUGUGUGCUUUUGCCUCAUUCGACAACUAACCAAAAAGGAACCCAGACAGGAAGCUAGCCCCGCACUGCCAUCAUGAACUUCCUCCGCCGCCGCCUCUCGGACAGCAGCUUCAUGUCCAACCUACCCAACGGCUACAUGACAGACCUCCAGAGGCCGGACCCACCUGCGCCCCCUCCCCCGACUGCUUCAUCACCUUCCCAGCAGGGACCCCCCAUCACCUCCUCUCCGGCCCUGGUGCAAUCUCCCACCAAAGCUCCGACUCCAUCCCAGGUCCCGGCUAGCUCGCCGGCACCUCAGGAGCGGCGUCCGUCCCAGCAGGCUCAGCAGCCUCCACAGACUCAGUCCUCCUCCUCUUCUGGUGGUUCCUCAGGCUUCUUCAGCUCCUUCAGCUCCAUCACCAACGUGGUCAAGCAGACUGCUGCAUCUGCCGCAGGGUUUGUGGAGCAAUCGGCACCUUCUCCAUCGCUCUCUAAGAAGUUUAAGACCCUACUGGUUAUUGAUGAGCCUCAGCACGAGUGGGCCAAAGUAUUUCGGGGAAAGAAGGUUUUCGGGGAGUAUGACGUCAAAGUGGAGCAGGCUGAAUUCUCAGACAUCAACCUCAUUUCACAUUCAAAUGGAACUUGCAGCGUGGACAUGCAGGUCAUCAAGGGCGGGGCCAAAGCGGUCAGGUCCUUCAGGCCAGACUUUGUGUUGGUACGCCAACACGCCUUCAGCAUGGCUCAGAACGAAGACUUUAGGAACUUAAUCAUCGGUCUGCAGUAUGCCGGCAUCCCCUCUGUCAACUCGCUGGACUCCAUCUACAAUCUCUGCGACAAACCUUGGGCUUUUUCCCAGUUGAUCAACAAUCAAAAGAGGCUGGGUGCUGACAAAUUCCCUGUCAUUGAUCAGACAUUCUACCCCAACUACAAGGACAUGAUCACAACGCCAAGUUUCCCCGUCGUUGUGAAGAUUGGACAUGCUCACUCCGGAAUGGGAAAGGUUAAAGUGGACAAUGUGAGCGACUUCCAGGACAUUGCAAGCGUUGUGGCCAUCACUCAGACUUACUGCACAACAGAGCCGUUCGUAGACGCCAAGUACGACAUCAGGGUGCAGAAGAUAGGUGCUGACUAUAAGGCGUACAUGCGAACAUCCAUCUCUGGUAAUUGGAAAAGCAACACCGGCUCGGCCAUGUUGGAGCAAGUGGCCAUGACUGACAAGUAUAAGCUAUGGGUGGAUACCUGCUCAGAAAUCUUUGGUGGGCUGGACAUUUGCGCCGUCAAGGCCAUUUGUGGCAAGGAUGGCAAUGACUAUAUCACUGAGGUGGUGGGCUCGUCUAUGCAGCUGAUUGGUGAUCACCAAGCGGAGGAUCGCCAGCUCAUCUCUGAAGUGGUGUUGGCUAAGAUGAACCAAGCCUUGGCCACCAAGAUGUCUGGUGCUUCCCGGUCGCCCGCUCGUUCCCCUCAAGGCCAACAGAAGACGAGCGCUGCAGCGCCCCCUCAGAGUGCCAGCAAUAAAGACGGACCACCAGAUGCAAGCAGAACCAGCCAGCGUCCUCAACCGCAAGGGGCAUCCGCCAAACCACAAAGUGUGGAUCCAUCAUCAGAGACAGUUAAGCGAUCUUCUGAGCCACCACCAAAGCCCAACCAAGCCCAGAAAGCUACUCCGGGUCAAUCCCAGAAACCAACUCAGCCCCAGAAACCAAGUCCAGUCCAGAAGGCGGCCUCAGUGACAAAGCCACCCGUGCAGAGGCCUCCCCCCAUGACAAGAGCGCCAUCUGUAACUAAAUCCACUCCAGAUUCCAGCUCAACUCCUUCCAAAGCAUCUCCAUCUUCCCCUGCUAAGUCGGCAGCAGGUCCGGGUUCCCCCUCAGUUUCAGCUUCUGCGCCAGCGUCGGCUCCGACCACAGAGCAGCCCAAGCCCCAAGUCCCGGGAUCCCCCACACCAGCUCCCGGAAAGCCAAAGGAGCUGCCGCCAAAGCCCACGCCUCCCGCCAAACCCAUCCCUCCCGUUCGCAGGAACUCCAAGCCACAGCUGCAGCCAAAGCCACAAACUCCACCUCCACCCAGGGCGUCACCCAAACCACAGAUGACCGCCCCCCAGAACCCAGCACCUGCUGAGACCUCGGACAGCGCCUCCUCUGCCGCCUCCUCUCCUGGCCUGGCACAGGUACAGUCGCCAGCCAAAGCCAGCCAAUCACCGUCCAACAUCCAGUCUCCCGCUAAGGCCAAGGCUGCCUGUCCGCCCCAAAACCCUGAGUCAGAAACAGCCGCCGCCCCCGUUGAGACCCAAGAGGAACAGCCAGGAUCCCAGCCAAAAAGCCAUCCUCUGCUCAAUAAGUCCCAGUCACUGACCAAUGCCUUCAACGCCUUCAGCGACUCCUCCUUCUUCCGCGGAGUCUCCAGCUCCAGUGGGAGCGACGGCCAAGAAGAGGCCAAGGCCGAGACCAUUCGCAACCUCCGAAAGUCCUUCGCCAGCCUUUUCUCUGACUAGAACCCCUCACCCGACCCCCUACCACAUAUAGCUUCUGGCUUUCCACCAACACCCCUUUCUCUUUCCCUGUUGGCCAGCGAUGACUGACAUUUAAAUGUGAAGCAGUCUGAAAUGUGUGUGUUCAAUUUUAAAUGUACUCUGGUCCCUCCUCCUUCAUGUCAGCUUCUGGGUAGGAUGUUCAGUGCAUGCUGCUGUACCAGGAUAGAUGGAAUGACAGAGUUAUGUCGCUGAUAUACACUCCAAUAGAAUAGAAUAAAAUAGAGUACAAGAAGAGAAUAUUUAUUUUCCCACUGCACACUAAUCUAAACUAUAUAAAAAGUAUCAUACAGUGGAACCUCCAAGGUUCCAAAGUGUGAUGAUAACCAUUGAACAGGAAAUGGAACUUCUGUACUUGAACAGGAAGUACAUGUCUCACGAUAGCAGUACCUAUAAAACACCACCAGGUGCCAGUAUUGCUGAGCAAUCACAUGCUUGUCAAUCGUCUUCAAAUGAGAAGUAAUUUUGCUUUAUUGUUGUUUUAUUUUACUUCAGUGGUGUGAUGAUAACCAUUGAACAGGAAACGGAACUUCUGUACUUUAACAGUAAGUACAUGUCUCACAAUAGCAGUACCUAUAAAACACCACUGGGUGCCAGUAUUGCUGAACAAUCACAUGUUUGUCAAUCGUCUUCAAAUGAGAAGUAAUUUUGCUUUAUUGUUGUUUUAUUGUACUGCAAAAUCCCAUAGAAAAACAUUGACAAUAUAAAACUUUGGACUUUCCACUGUAUCAAAUACUACAGACAUAAUGUACAUAGAGUAUAUAUACAGUGAGCAUUAUUUAAUACAGAAAAAAGUAUAUAUAUAUAUAAAUGGGUAUAAGUCAGUGACAUAACUCUUAGAAAUCAUGAAGUGGCUGGAUUUAUACGCAUUUUAACCACUAGUGAUAUAUUUGAUGGUUUCCCUUGUGAUGCAGUAUUUUCGCAGUAAAUCGGUUUUUCGGUCCCUAUGUGAAUUUGUCGAGUAUGUGUUCCCGUGUAAAUCCAGCCGUGGUGUCUCGUCUUGGCGCCCUCUCCUGUCUCGACGUUCACUGUCCCGCAGUGUGACAGAACGUGUGUGUGUGUGUGUGUGAGUGUGUGUAUCUGUGUGUGUGUGUGUUCAUGUUGUUCUGCAUGGCUCGUCCGUGUGGCUCUCCAGUGACCUUUGGAGCUGUCUGAGCUUCUUCUAUCAGUGUUGACUUUAGCCUUCCGUUGCCUCUAUCCUUCUCUAGAUGUUGUAGCCUUAUUGUGUUUCACAGCUUUGUCGCUUAGCUGUGCAGACCUGAGUCCACUUGAAAUUCAUUCAUCUGCCGCAAAAAAGCAUGUGAAAGUCAUUCGCAGGGGCUGGGCGUCCGCCCCGGUGGAAGUGGGCCCUGUCAAGUAAAUGAAUGCAUUUCAAAGAGGAAAAGACACAUGUCUGUUGCUGUGAAUGUUGAUUUCUUGUUUCACCUGUGUGUAGAUCUUUCUACAGUAUUUGUCAUUUGUUGAUGAUGCCGUCAUAAAGAAGACAUUGAGACAGUAGUGCAAUAACACCCUGACAUGACUGUUGAGUGCCGUCACCCCCGUAUCCAUACAAAUAUGAUUGUUUAUCUGUUAAAACUUUCACAUUCCUUCAACUGGGAGACCCUUUCCAGGUUUUAACAGUAAGAAGACACACUUGUGUUCUGUUAUAAUCCAACACUUGCUUGUUCCCAGUGGUCAGGUGUUCACACCAGGCCAACUGGAACUGGAUUAAAACAGACUAAAUUGUGCUAGUGUGAAAGCACCCUGUAAAAGUGGAAUUGUUUUUAAUUUAAAAAAAAGGACCUACAGUAGAUUUUCCUUUGGUCUGGGGUCACUGUGUUCACACCAGACCAAAACGAACCAAAACUGGAUUAAAACAGAGUCAAACACAGCCUGGAUGUUUGGUUUUGUUUUGCUUUGGUCAGGUGACACUGUGUUCACGUGACACCAAAAUGAAACCAGAACUAGAUUAAAACAGACCAAAGUGUGUCAGAGUGAAAGCACCUUGAGUAAAGUGAAUAGAACUGGAUUUAAACUGACUAAAUUGUGCUAGUGUGGAAGUACCCUUUCGUAGGGGUAUAGUUCUGUGAAGUUCUGGGUGUUUUCCUUUGGUCAGGUGUCACUGUGUUCACACCAGAACAAAACUAACCAAAACUGGAUUAAAACAGGCAAGAUCAUGCCAGUAUAAGCUCCCUUUAAGAGUGGAUUAGUUUGGAAUGAAACACAGCCUGGAUGUUUGGCUUUGUUCCGUUUCGCUUUCGUCAGGUGACACUGUGUUCACAUGACACCAAAUGAAACUAGAACUAGAUUAAAACAGAUCAAAGUGUGUCAGAAUGAAAGCACCCUAAGAAAAGUGAAUAGAACUGGAUUUAAACUGACUAAAUUGUGCUAGUGUGGAAGGAUUCUUUCAGAUUGGGAUAGUUCUGAGUAGUUCUGGGUGUUUUCCUUUGGCCAGGUGUCACUGUGUUCACACCAGACCAAAACGAACCAAAACUGGAUUAAAACAGACGAGAUCAUGCCAGUGUAAGCCCCCUUUAAGAGUGGAAUAGUUUUGAAUCAAAGACAGCCAGACAGCCUGGAUGUUUGGUUUUGUUCUGUUUCGCUUUGGUCAGGUGACACUGUGUUCACAUGACACCAAAUGAAACGAGAACUAGAUUAAAACAGAUGCUAGUAUAAAUGUACCUUUUUAACGAUUAAAUAGUUCAGAAUAAAAACAGCUUGGGUGUUUUCCUUUAGUCAGGUAUCACUGUCUUCACACUAGACCCAAACUGGAUUAGAAUGGACUAGUGUGAAUGCACCCUUUACAAGUGGUAUAGUAUUGAUUAAAAGACAGCCUAGGGUGAUUUCGUUUGGUUAGGAGUCACUGUGUUGACAUCAGACCAAAAUGAACUAGAACUAGAUUAAGACGAAAUCAUGCUAGUGUAAAUGUACCUUUUUAACAUUGAAAUAGUUCUGAAUAAAAAACAGCUUGGGUGUUUUCCUUUAGUCAGGUAUCACUGUCUUCACACUGGACCCAAACUGCAUUAGAAUGGACUAGUGUGAAUGCACCCUUUAUGAGUGGUAUAGUAUUGAAUAAAAGAGAGCCUGGAAAGCAUCCCGACCUGUCAACUUAUAUUCGUCAUGUUGCCAAUAAGUAACCUUAUUGUAUGUAUGAAUGUUUAUUAUAUGUAUGGAUGGAUGUAGUGUAUGUACAGAUGGGUGACAAAGAAAAUAUGAAACAGCCAAGAAAAAUAAUAAAUGCGGACGUAUCUGGUAGUUACUGAUAAAAAUAACCACCCCCGGCCGCUGUUAUUGUGUUAUUUAUUGUUACCACCGUGGACAUAGUAGAAAACUUCCCUUUAAAGAUAAUCCAAACUUUCCCCUCGCCUUACUGAUGAGUUGAUUAUGUUGGUUGUAACUUUCACUUGUCACCCAUCUGUAUGUGCCAUCUCAGGAGGGGAUUUUUUGGUAAUAAAUCGAUUUAUUUAUUUUUUAGAGGCUCCAUAUUUACGGUAUAGUUGUAAAAAAAAAAAAUGUUUUUUGUUUUGUAGUGUGUUUAUAUUUGUACCGCAUCCGCGCUUUGCAUGAUCUGGUGAGUGACGAUGCUUUAUUUUAAUGUACAGAGUAAAAGUUAAUAAUAAAGGUGUGCUCCAUCAUUCCAAA